AAAGGGGGAGGGGGAUAUCUGGGUGUUGCCUGUAUGCGCCGACAGACAUAGCGGUUCUCUCAGUUGUGACGACCAGUAAGAUCUUAUUCUUAUCCCUACGCGUUACUUUGCUAACUGUCCGGCCUUGUAUGUUCAUUGUUACGGGGACAUACUUAGAACGUAUUUGUGGUGUGCGCUAAAAGGGACAUUGUCAAACUUAAUACAGCAAGGAUGGGAGUAGAAGGCUGCACUAAAGUCAUCAAAUACGUGCUUUUUUUCUUCAAUUUCUUUUUCUGGCUGGCAGGAGGAGUCAUCCUUGGGGUGGCUCUAUGGCUGAGACAAGACAGUCAAACCAGCAGCCUGCUCACACUUCAGCUUGAUGGCAACCAAGCACCCAACACCUUCUACAUCAGUGUCUACAUAUUGAUCGCUGUGGGUGCUGUAAUGAUGUUUGUGGGGUUCCUGGGCUGCUAUGGCGCUAUACAGGAGUCACAGUGCCUUCUUGGAACAUUCUUUGCCUGUUUGGUGAUCCUGUUUGCCUGUGAGGUGGCUGCUGGAAUCUGGGGAUUCAUGAACAGGGCCAAGAUCGCCAAUGAGAUGAUCAACUUCUAUGAUGCAGCUUAUGACAAGGCCCGUGGCAACAAUCAGGCAGCUGCUACAGUGCUGAAGGCCUUCCAUGAGACACUGGACUGCUGUGGAAAGGGUGACGCCUUGAGUAUUAUCACUGGCCUUUUCCAGGACAUUUGUCCCAAGAGUACCCUGAGCAUGACAACGAUCUCUCAGAACUGUCACACCAGACUGAAGGAGAUCUUUUCUGACAAACUCUACUUGAUUGGCAUUGUCGCCCUGGUGGUUGCUGUCAUCAUGAUUUUCGAGAUGAUCUUUAGCAUGGUGCUGUGCUGUGGAAUCCGCAAUAGCCCAGUAUACUGAAGCUAAGGGGAAGGGGCUGAAAAUCAUGAAGGAACAUUGAAAAAAAUAAUCUUCAUUUUAUAUGGUGCACCACUUUCUUAUGUAGUCGCUUAAGCAGUUAUUUCAGUCUUACUAAAUACAUUUCUUCUAUAACAAAUCUUUAACAGUGCGGUAGUGUGUUAUCGUCACAGUCUGAUCAUCUGUAUAUUAAGUAGCCAAGAGUCUUGUGUAAGAGGCUAAUUGAUAUAUAUGAAUGACCUAUGACACAUAUUUACACACACAUAAAAUAUUUAAUGUACAUGUAAAACCUUUCAUUAAUUUUGUAGUUUUCUUGUAUUAACUGCUAGGCAUUGCCCCUGUGCUGAAGUUGAAGACAUAUAUUCUCUGUUUUAUUGUUCUUUUUAUAUGUAGAUAUAUAAACUGUAUAUAUUGACAGUAUUUUAUCCCUGGCUAGCAUGGAUGCAUUAACUUCCCUUGGUUCUUCUCUUGUUUGUUAACCUUGUUGUUUAUUUCAGUAAUGGCCACUAAGAAACAACUCAAAGAGCAGAAAUGUACUUUUUUCAGGAAAGGCCAUUUUGAACUCAGUGCACGGGAGGGUAGCAGAAAUUUGGGUUCAUGUAUUCAAAUUUUUCAGCCUGAUCUUGUUCUUGGUGUCCCAGAAACCAUUUAAGGGAUUAGAACAUUGAGCUGUGACACACAAUCACACAAAGUUCUACCAGCCAGCAAACUCAUUGCAACUUUCUUCUGCUGACAUGUGCGACAGUUUCAUCAAAGGAAUAAAACCAGAGUUCAUACCUGAAUGUCAGACAGCAGUAGCUACAUUUCUACCAGUUGAUCAGUACAGGUGUGCAACUGUGCAAAGCUUUAUAUGCUUGUGUCUAUGCUUAUGCUUCUUUCCCCAGUCAUACAAGAUCCUCUCCAUACCUACAGUCCUAUUCAAGAGGAAGAUACAUGUUUGCAGAGAAGCAGCCUAGCUAAGUUGCAAAUCAGGAGGACAUUGUCAGUUACUUUUUACCAAUCAUUUUUUCAUGCAGGUGUCUUGUUCUUGGCAAACUAUAGAAUCACUGGAACCUGAAUGAAAUCUUAUCAGGCUACAAAAAAUAUGCUAAUGUUUCCACUACUAGCCAGGGUGCUUGGAUGGUUGUCCAAUUUAGUUCUUGUCUAGCUGUGUUGCUACUUGCUAGCUAGCUAUAUAUAAAUGAUAUUAUUUCAGCAUGCACUAGUUUCCUCUUUUUAGUCCAGUUAGCUGGCUAUAAUCAUGGCAGCAGCAAGCCUUGCUAGUUUUCUCAUUUUCAGUGCCAGAUACCAAGGCCACUUGCAUGACUAAAAGUAGCUAGCUGAGUUUGCAAGUUGCAGCAUGUGCUCUCCAGCAUGAACUGGAUCGAGAUGUACAUCUUAUUAUUUUUAUAUACUUUUUUUUACAUGUUUACGGUUGCACUGUUCAAGAACAAAGCUGUCAAUGCAGAGACCAUCUUCCCCACAUCCACAAAUGAUACUGUUUCAUUCUGCUGCUGGAACGUACUAUUAUUUUAAACCCACAUACUGCAAAUGCUAGAGGUUAAACCCUUGUCGUUGCAACAUCCAGAAUAGCAUAUCUGUGGUAACUCCAUCUCCAACCUUGUUGAAGGAUCAGGAAACGGCAAAGGUUUGAGGAAUAGCUUUAAGCACUGGUUUGGCUAGCAUGCAUUCUUGGAAAAGAGAACUUAAAAAGGUAAAAGGCAUGAUAAAGCUCUAACACCAUCUCCUGGUUUGGACUGACAGUGGAAAAGCAGUCACUGUGGAGUAAAGUUUGGGAAACCUGUCUUACAUCCAUAAGAUUGUAGGCUUUAAUCCCAGGUGGAAUUUGCAGAAAGUAUUAACCCCCAAGUAUUUUCCUAAAAUUGUGAGCGUAUUACUAAUGCUGGACUUGAGAACUUCAAAAUGAAAUAAUGUAAUCAUUCAGAUAAACUAAAUCAAGAGUGACUCCCAUAUUUCUUAAGAUCAGAAAUGUUAAUUAAGCAUUCUUGUCCAUCCCAAUGCCAGGCACCAUUGAGGAUUACUAGGAAAUAUCCUGUUUGGAGUUUGGUCAGCAUAGUGUCUAUAAUACUAAAUGUAUGUCAGGGACUCAACAUUGACAGGGUUAUUUGGUUAGGAUGGGAAUUCAUUUCUGCUUACCUGUCUUGUAUUUCAUGCUUUCUGAUUUUUAAUCGAUCUUAGCCAUAGAGGGGUCAGUCAUGGGCCCCCUAGCCUUACACGCUGAAUGUGUUUUAUCCUUACUCGCACCAGCUUUAAGCAAAACUGUUACAGUGCGGUUUUUCUUUUUUAUCUUUCUGAGAACUUUUGAGUCCUGUGGCAUGUUUGUAACUGCUGAUGUGUGCCAAUUGUAGUGUUACAUGUAGACUCAUUCAUUGCCAAAGUGGGUUGGCAAACACUGGACAGCCAGGGGAGUGGGAAAGGCAAGUUUCCAAUCCCUUCACAUGUUAUCAGGCUGACAAUGUCACUGCAUUUCAAUUUCUGAUUCACUAAGAAUGAAUUACCACUGCAUUUUGUGAUUCAACUGCACCAACAAUGAGAGAAGAAAGUUCAAUCAUUUCUCUGAUUUACAUUAAACAGCUAUUUCCAGUCAACCAAGCCCACCAGGAAGAGGAGAUACUGAGGAGAUGUUGGUUCAGAAAAGAGUUUCAUUUGUUACAUUUAAGGUAGUUCACUUUCUGUUUUUUUUAAAUAUAUAAUUUCAGUUUUAGUGUCUGUUUUUGAUUGCCCUAGACAGCUUUUUGAGUGCAGUGAAGGAAAUCUUCCAUAUUUUCUCAUGACCCACCAGAUUCACGAAGGCAGAUAUCAGACAGUAAUUCCAAAGCAGCCUGUUGUACAGUGACAUUACAUUUCCACGGACUGUGGCUGUUCAGAGGUGAAUAAAUAAUACAUCAUUAUUUUCCUACUUUAAGGUUUUAUUUUACAUUAACAAAUUACAAUUUAUUAUAAAAAAUAAACAUUUUAUAUUGUUCCAAUACAGGUGACCACAGGUUGCAUGCAACAUAGGAAAUAGUUUCAAGCAAAAAUAGUAUUAAACAUACAUUUUUGAAGGAUAAUUGGGUAAUGUACAUACCUCUGGUGGUAUAACAUCACUGCUGCUUUGGAGUUACUUGACAUACAUUUUUUUGUUUUUAACUACAAAGCCCAAAUCCCCUACACAUGUCAUUUAAAGCUGGCAGAUCGUCUGAAACUUAUAUAUAUCCUUCAUCGUACACAAAAACUGCAAGAGGCUAUUGAUAACAUGCUCUAAAUAAAACUGAUGUAAUCAACAACAAAAAAACCCAGAAAGUGAAUUUUCCCGUUAAGUAAUCCUUCUCUGUCCACUGGAAAGCUGAAAUUGUUGUCCAAAUCAAAAUAUGGUUAUCAAGGGUUUAAGAUUUACAAAAGAUGAGCAUUCCUGUUUCUACACCUCAGACUGCUGUAUCUUCCAUAAUUUUGAAAAGUCCCCUUGAAUGAAUGGGAAAGCUAGCCAUGCAGCUCUGACCCUAUUGAGAUCCCAAUCACAGUGAGUGAUCAUGGAGAGUGUGUGUGUGUGUGUGUUGCGUGUCCAACCCUGGCCCUAGCCCUAUGCCCAAGUGUCUCAUGAUAUAGCUCUCAUACUAGGGACCUACAUACAGAAGAUGAAGUGUCAUUGGAGUUGGGUUCAAGGAGAUGUGUUAUAUGGUCAGACCUGUGCCUUGCCCCCUCAAAUCCACGUAGAGAAGUGAAUGCUACAAUAAGGCUGUUAGGGCCAAUGGGAUUAGACAGGUUGGAAUGAGAUAAAAAUCAUCUACCAGCAGAGAGCAGUGUUGCAUUCUUCAGAGUCCUUGAAUGUGGGACACAGCCCUGUCAUCCAUGCAGCAUUGACUGCUUAAUGACUGAAAACAUGCAGUCUCCAAGCAACUACCACCAAGAUUAAUGGUUGAAAAAACAGCUCUUGCCAAAUGUUUCACUUGAGUGAAACUAUCUGCCUGUUUACUCACCCACAUACGUACACACCCACACAUUAAAUGUUACAUUUGUAAACCUACUUGUUACAUGGCUUUUACGGCCAUGUACAGUAAUAUCUUGUUAACACAUAGUGCUUAUGCUUAUAUAUGGAACAUGUCCUAUAACAUGUACAGCUACGUAUAAUCUUACUAAUUGCUAUGUAAAGAAAAAAAUGUAAGCCUUUUUUCAGUUUUGUUCCUGGUACUGUGUUGAAAGAAAAAGGGGCAGACACUUAAAACAAAAUAUAAUGGGACUGAUGAUCACUUGGAUCAAACAUUAUAUCCAUGAUCAGAGAGUUGGUCCUCGGCUUAUGUGAGUGAGGUGUCCGAGUUUUCCUCAUGAUUCAGUAAUUUAAACCUUGAGAUUUUUAAAGAUUAAUAAUCAAUUUGUGAGGAACUCCAUAUGCUGAAAACUGCAGUACAUUCUGUAGUGAAAUGAUGCUCACUGAAGAGACAGCUGUGAUGUUCCGCUUAUCUAUACCCACAAAAUGCUCCCCACUGCCUGCCUGUGGACUAAGUACAGCACUCUGAUCCUCAGUGAGAAUCCAAGGCCCAUUAUCAUUUUGAUGUUUGCUCCUUUUGAAUUUAAGUUUUUGUUUGGUUUGUUUGCUCCGAUAUUUAGGAUUAAAUGUAUUUUACAAAUAA